AUGCCUCGAGGCCCGCCUCCCUUCAUGGUGCUCCUGUCUGCCAUUGCUCUCUUCGUAUGGUAUGUCGUCUGGACACGCGAUCACGAGCGGUCCAUGACCGCUCUGUCCCACGCCAACCGCUUUCAACACUCGUUUCCGCCAACAGACGUCGCAGAAAUUCCAAACGUAAUAGCCACUCCCGAGACCUUACACGGUGACCACGUCAUGGGCAAGCUCGGAAAUGAAACCCUCAAGGCAGAACUCGGCCGCGCAGCGUGGAAAGUCCUGCACACUACCAUGGCGCGGUUUCCGGACAAGCCGACGCAAGACGAGAGCGAUGCCCUCAAGAGCUACAUUUACCUCUUCGCCCGCCUGUACCCGUGCGGCGAAUGUGCAGAGCAUUUCCAACAGAUCCUCAAAAAGUAUCCUCCACAGACGUCUUCGCGUUCGAGCGCGGCAGCCUGGGCUUGUUUCGUGCAUAACGUGGUGAAUGAACGUAAAGGCAAACCGAUUUUUGACUGCGCCAACAUCGGAGAUUUCUAUGACUGCGGCUGUGCAGAUGAUGAAAAGGAAGAGAUGGCCAAGGCUGGAGCGAAGAGUGAGGUUAUUGCUGCCCAUGGGAAUAGCGCAAAGCAAGAACCCGUGGAGAUUGAGGUUGAGGGAGAAACAAGGGGCGGUUGA